GGCUUCACGCAUUCCACCCCUUCCACCUCCUCCUCGGCCUCCACCGAUCUCCAAAAAAAUGGCCGUCACGCUCACGCCCGACCUCCCCCUCCUCCUCCUCCUCCUCGGGACGCUCCUCCUCCUCGCGGCAGCGCCGGCCCCCUCCGCCGCGGAGAAGUUCGUCGUCGGCGACAAGAAGAACUGGGCCCCCAACGUCAACUACACCACCUGGCCCGACCAGUACCGCUUCCACGUCGGCGACUGGCUCCAGUUCAACUACGCCAGGGGGGGCAUGUACGACGUGGUGCAGGUGGCCAACGAGGCGGCGUACGAGAAGUGCGACCCGACCAACCCCGUCGUCAGCUACGACCGCGGCCGCGGCUACGUCUUCCAGCUCAACCACACGGGCCGCUACUACUUCAUCUGCAGCCGCGGCUACUGCUGGGGCGGCAUGAAGGUCACCGUGCUCGUCGAGGACCGCCCUGCGCGCCCGCCCUACGCCGCGGCGCCGGCGCCCAACGCGGCCGCGCACCACGCCGGCGUCGCCUCGUGGGCCCUCGCCGCCGCCGCGGCCUCGCUCUGCGCGGCGGUUCUGGGUUUGCCGUUUGCGGUGUGAGCGGAGGGAAGGGACCAAUGGGUCUUUUCGAGUAUGGACGGGCCGUCCAGCCUUUUAUUAGCGCCACUCUGUGUCUGUGGCCAUGUAUGGAAGGUACUUACUGGUUAAGAAAGCGUGAUUUGGAAGCUUGCGUAUUUCCUGCA